AUGGCUGGUUCUACAAAAGAUUCAAAGGAAAACCUUCACGUAGUGAUUCUUCCUUACUUAGCCUUCGGCCACAUGAUUCCCUUUCUCCAUCUCUCCACAUCCUUAGCUAACUCUGGAAUCCGUGUUUCCUUCAUCUCUUCCCCCAAAAACAUCCAAAGACUCCCCUCACCUCCUCAUCAUCUAUCCCAUCUUAUCCAAAUGGUCCAACUUCCCUUACCUCACGUCGACGGCCUUCCUCUCGGCGUCGAAGCUUCCACCGACGUAACCACAAUGGACCAAAGUCAUCUCAAGAUUGCUUACGAUCUCUGGAAACAACCUUUCAAGCAUUUCAUCGAACACGACACACCUGAUUGGAUCAUCCACGACUCCACUCCAUACUGGAUCGCAGAUAUCGCUAGCGAGUUCAACAUUCCACACAUUUUGUUCUCUGUCUACUCUGCUUCUGUCUACAGCUUCUUUGGACCACCAGAGUACUUAGCUGACCCAACCAAGUACUGGACUUCACCGGAACGCUUGUCUUCGUCACCGGAGUGGAUUACUUUCCCAUCUUCAGUCGCUUUUCCAAGCUACGAAGCGCCUUAUGUGCUUGCAGGAUUCUUCGGAACCAAUGGAUCCGGUGUUAGGGACUCUGUUAGGGUUGCCACUAGCCUUCGGUCGUGCAAAGCGGUGGCCAUACGUAGCUGCAAGGAGUAUGAAGGUCAGUACUUGGAUUUACUGGAGAAAUUGUUUCGGAAACCCGUAAUUCCGAUUGGUUUGCUUCCUCCGGCAGUGCCGGAAAAAAGAGAAUGUGGUGGUGGUGCCGGCGGUGAAGAGUGGGAAGCCACAUUCAGGUGGCUUGAUGAACAGAAACCCAAAUCUGUUGUGUUUGCAGGGUUUGGCAGCGAGUGUAAGUUGAGUAAGGAGCAGUUGGCAGAGAUUGCUCAUGGGCUUGAACAUUCUGGGCUUCCUUUCAUAUGGACUUUGAGAAAGCCCAUGUGGGCUGUGGACGAUAAUGACGCCUUGCCAUUGGGUUUUAAGGCUCGGACGGAGUCGAAGGGUAAAGUGUGUAUGGGGUGGGCUCCGCAGAUGGAAAUAUUGGCCCACCAAUCGAUUGGUGGGUCACUGUUCCACUCUGGGUGGGGUUCCAUUGUGGAGACUCUUCAAUUUGGUCACACCCUUGUGAUCCUACCCUUAAUAAUGGACCAAAGCUUGAACGCUUCGUUGUUGGUAGAGAGAGGUUUGGCUGUGGAAGUAGAGAGAGCCAAGGAUGGAUCGUUCGAGAGAGAAAACAUUGCAAGGGCUCUGAGGAAAGCCAUGGUGGAUGAAGAAGGUGAGAGUGUGAGGGUUCGAGCUAGAGAGAUGAGGAAAAUCUUUGGUGAUCUCAAUCUCCAGCAAGACUACAUUGAUGGGUUCGUUCACUAUUUGAAGAAAGGUCGUUAAUUCACA